CACAAUAAUUUAUUCAUUUUAGAAGGCCAUUACCACAUAUUACGUUUGCAGCUCUGAAACUUCCAUCUCUUCUCUUGCUCAUUUCCCCCUCUUAUAAGCCAGGCGGGAUGGUUCAGAACCAUACACAAGGCCAUGAUUUCAACCAGACAAACUCCUCGGAUGCACCCAUGGCUUCCUCCAAUAAUAAGCAGCAAGAACAUGGGCUUAAGGUAGCUGCAGAAGUUGGGUUAUUUGUGGCACUUGCCAGUAUGGUACUGGUUCAUAUUUUCAUCUAUUUCAAUCUAUUCAACUUGUGUUUUUCUGACACCAAAACGGUCAUCGAAAAAGAAACAAGUUUGGGGAACUAUAUGUUGGCACUUAUGAACCUGCUAUGCCCUUUCCUGAAGCUGAUCAUUCAACGUGUAAGCAUGUCCAACGUGAUUCCCUUGAUUCAAUUGUUCAGUUUCCUUGUGAUUAUAUGGGCUGUUGCUGUACUACUUCUUCUGGGUCCAAAAUUCUCUCGCAUUCAUUCUGUCAUGUUCUUUAUCUGGUCCAUUCUCCUCAUGCUCCAAGGAUCAGGUACUUUAACCGUUGGAAUCUACCUUAUAAUACUUGGAUUGUUAUUCAUAUGGCCGUCCCGGAAAAAUGCAAAAACCAAAUCCGACGGAAAAGCUGCAGCCUAAGAGACAGAGGCAAGAGUUAGUGUGACUUGUAUCCAAUAAAUUUUAGAUCUGCAUUUAGUCUCUAAUAAAUUUUUAUUAUUUUAUAAAUAAAUUUUUUAAAGUUAUUCUUAUUAGAUAUAUCGGUUUUUUUAUUGUAAAAUUAACUAAUUUAACUUAAUUAUUUUAUAAUAAAAAUUAUUAUAAAUUUAUUAAAAUUGACAAAUAAAUCCGAUGUCUCUAAUGAGUGUAAUUCUUAAAAAUUCCAGAAUAAUUGAAAUUUGUUGAGAGCAAAAUGCAUGAUCUGAAAUUUAAAUUUGUGUUUGUGUGUUGGCUGUCUAUUCGAGUCUUGUUUUUGUAAUUCAAAUUUGUGCAACCGUGACUUAGGAGCGAUUUAGUGCUUCCAAUACGUUGGUUGGGUAAGGAACUACGUGUUCUUGACUAACAAUUACUUACAGUAUGUAUAAUUAUCCAGUGAGCCUUAACUUUGCA